AACCAUCUGCCUUUGGAAGAUUCAUGAGAUCAGUGGUUUAAUCCAGAUUACUAAAUGCAAACCAUUUUCUCAAAGGCACCUUAAUGUAAAAACCAGACAGACUGACUGGUUCGCUCUUCAUUUUCCUCACAAACAAUUUUUUUUUAUUUGUGACUUAAAAUCAAAUUAUUUUCAUGAUAAAAUGUCUUUCUUGUUGAAAUCGAUGGUGAGUAGCCAGGUAAAGAAUUUGGGGCUUGGAGGUGGAAGUGAAGAAAGUAAAGAAGAAGGAGGUUCCUCGGAUCCUGCAGCUGCAGCAGGCAUGACAAGAGAAGAAUAUGAAGAAUACCAGAAGCAGGUGGUGGAAGAAAAAAUGGAACGUGAUGGCAUUUUUGCACAGAAGAAAGCAGAAAGAGCAACUCUCAGGGUCCACUUAAGAGAAAAGUACAGGCUUCCAAAGAGCGAACAGGAUGAAAAUGAGAUACUGAUGGCCGGAGAUGACGUUGAGCUGCCCGAAGAGCUGAAGAAGAUGGUAACUGAAGAUCAGGAGGAAGAGGAAGUCAAAGAGUCUUUUAUUGGACAGAUUCAAAACCUUCAGAAUAUGGAUGUAGACCAAAUAAAAGAAAAGGCUCAGGCAACAAUUAGUGAAAUUAAGCAGGCUGCAGAACAGAAGUGCUCCUUAAUGUGA